CGAUACAUAAUAACGAGUAUAGUAUUAGUCGGCGUUUUCUAUCAAUCAAUGAGUAGUAAAAAUGUUUGGUUAAAGUGUAGACACAAAUCGUUUUGAAUGUACUAUUGAUUUGACACUACUGUACACUCACUACACUAUAAUACAGUACUAACUCUAUUAAAACACUUUAAGUAUAACUCUAACUAUUAGUUAGAAACACACAGUUUGUCUAUCAAUACAUUUUGAGUGUUAAACAUAUUUACCGAUUGAUUGUAUUUAGUGACCACUUGUUAUCAAUUGUUUAUAUAGACAUUGAGUUUUUGAUUUGAUUGGCCACGGAUUAAGUGGACAAAUCUGAUAGUGUGUCCGCAUAUUAAUGAUCAUCGCAUAGAAACAAUGGCACAAUUACUUCCCAUCAGAUUUCAAGAGCACUUACAGUUGACCGCAAUCGGCAUCAAUGCGGCCAACAUUAGCUUCAAUACGCUUACGAUGGAGAGCGACAAAUACAUCUGUGUUCGCGAAAAGGUGGGCGACUCGGCCCAAGUGGUUAUCAUCGAUAUGGCCAACUCGUCAUCGCCCAUCCGGCGUCCGAUUAGUGCCGACUCGGCUAUUAUGAAUCCGCUGACCAAAGUUAUAGCAUUGAAAGCAGCUAUGAGGACACUGCAGAUCUUCAACAUCGAAAUGAAGUCGAAGAUGAAGGCUCACACACUGACCGAAGAUGUUGUCUUCUGGAAAUGGAUUAAUGUUAACACCAUAGCAUUGGUUACCGAAACGGCUGUCUAUCACUGGUCAAUGGAAGGCGACACUUUGCCGGCCAAAAUGUUUGACCGACAUACGUCACUGAACGGCUGUCAAAUAAUCAAUUACCGAACCGAUCAUUCGCUUAAGUGGCUACUAUUGAUCGGAAUAUCGGCACAGCAAAAUCGUGUGGUCGGAGCCAUGCAAUUGUAUUCAGUAGAGCGUAAAGUAAGUCAACCGAUUGAGGGACACGCGGCCGCAUUCACACAAUUCAAAUGCGAAGGCAAUCCUGAGCCGUCAAAUUUGUUUUGUUUUGCCGCCCGAACACAGGCCGGAGGAAAGUUGCACAUAAUAGAAGUUGGCUCACCUGUUACUGGCAAUCAGCCGUAUCCGAAAAAAGCGGUCGAUGUUUUCUUUCCGCCCGAAGCCCAAAACGAUUUUCCCGUUGCAAUGCAAAUGUCACCCAAAUAUGAUAUCGUUUAUUUGAUUACCAAAUACGGCUACAUUCAUCUCUAUGAUGUCGAGACCGGCACCUGUAUCUACAUGAACCGAAUUAGCGCCGAUACUAUUUUUGUGACGGCCCCGUACGACGCUACCAGCGGUAUAAUCGGUGUUAACCGUAAAGGACAGGUUUUGUCUGUCAGUGUCGAAGAAGAGAAUUUGAUUCCAUACAUAACGACAACACUCCAGAAUCCAGACCUUGCAUUCAGAAUUGCCGCUCGCAAUAACCUAACCGGUGCUGACGAUCUGUUUGUACGGAAAUUUAACACACUCUUUACCGCCGGCCAAUACGCCGAAGCGGCUAAGGUUGCUGCCAAUGCUCCCAAAGGCAUACUGCGAACACCGCAAACUAUUCAGCGCUUCCAACAGGUGCCCACACAAGCUGGCCAAACGUCACCGUUGUUGCAGUAUUUCGGUAUACUCCUGGAUCAGGGACAGUUGAACAAGUAUGAGUCGCUUGAACUCUGUCGUCCAGUUCUCCAACAAAAUCGCAAACAAUUGCUUGAAAAGUGGCUCAAAGAUGACAAACUUGAGUGCAGUGAAGAGUUGGGCGAUUUGGUCAAAACAGUUGAUCCUACGUUAGCACUUUCAGUCUAUUUGCGAGCCAACGUACCGGCCAAAGUUAUCCAGUGUUUUGCCGAAACUGGUCAGUUCCAGAAGAUUGUUUUGUACGCCAAAAAAGUUGGCUACUCUGCCGAUUACAUAAGCCUAUUGAGACAAGUUAUGCGUACAAAUCCCGAUCAGGGCGCUGGAUUCGCUCAGAUGUUGGUUGCCGAUGAGGAACCACUCGGUGACAUUAACCAGAUUGUCGACGUUUUUAUGGAAAGCAAUUUGGUUCAACCGUGUACUGCAUUCCUGUUGGACGCUCUGAAGAAUAACCGACCGACUGAAGGUCCCCUCCAGACGCGACUAUUGGAAAUGAAUUUGAUGACUGCACCGCAAGUGGCCGACGCCAUACUCGGCAAUCAGAUGUUCACUCAUUACGACAGAGCACAUGUAGCUCAGCUGUGCGAAAAGGCAGGUCUACUACAACGAGCACUGGAACACUAUACCGAUCUGUACGACAUCAAGCGUGCCAUUGUUCACACUCAUCUAUUGAAUCCCGAAUGGCUGGUCAACUAUUUUGGUUCGCUAUCAGUGGACGAUUCGGUUGAGUGUCUGAAACAAAUGCUGACGAACAAUAUACGUCAAAAUUUGCAAAUCUGUGUACAGGUGGCCACCAAAUAUCACGAACAACUGUCCACUACUGCACUGAUUGAUUUGUUCGAGUCAUUCAAAUCGUAUGAAGGAUUGUUUUACUUUUUGGGAUCAAUUGUCAACUUCAGUCAAGAUCCUGAUGUACACUUCAAGUACAUUCAGGCCGCCUGUAAAACGGGUCAAAUCAAAGAAGUCGAACGAAUCUGUCGCGAAAGUAACUGUUAUAACGCCGAACGCGUUAAGAACUUCCUUAAAGAGGCCAAACUAACCGAUCAAUUACCGCUGAUUAUUGUUUGCGAUCGUUUUGACUUUGUUCACGAUCUGGUUCUAUAUCUCUACAGAAAUAAUCUACAAAAAUAUAUCGAGAUUUACGUACAAAAGGUGAAUCCGUCGCGUUUACCCGUAGUCGUGGGCGGCCUAUUGGAUGUUGACUGUGCUGAAGAUGUCAUAAAACAGUUAAUAAUGGUAGUGAGAGGCCAGUUCUCAACCGACGAACUUGUCGAAGAAGUCGAAAAACGUAAUCGAUUGAAAUUGUUGUUGUCGUGGCUGGAGAUGCGUAUCCAUGAAGGCAUCAACGAAUCGGCAACACAUAAUGCUUUGGCCAAAAUCUAUAUCGAUUCGAACAACAAUCCCGAACGGUUUCUCAAAGAAAAUCAAUUCUACGACUCGAAAGUUGUCGGUAAGUAUUGCGAAAAACGUGACCCACAUCUCGCCUGUCAGGCCUACGAACGGGGACAGUGCGAUCUCGAGCUGAUCAACGUUUGCAAUGAAAAUUCACUGUUCAAAUCGGAAGCCCGAUAUUUGGUCCGUCGACGCGAUUCCGAUUUAUGGGCCGAAGUAUUACAAGAAUCUAAUCCAUUCCGUAGACAAUUGAUCGAUCAGGUGGUCCAAACAGCACUUUCCGAAACACAGGAUCCCGAAGACAUAUCAGUAACCGUCAAGGCAUUCAUGACAGCAGAUCUUCCGAAUGAAUUGAUUGAAUUGUUGGAGAAGAUAGUGUUAGACAACUCUGUAUUCUCCGAUCAUCGAAAUCUACAAAAUCUGUUGAUUUUGACGGCCAUCAAAGCCGACCGAACUCGAGUUAUGGAAUACAUUAAUCGAUUGGACAACUAUGACGCGCCCGAUAUCGCCAACAUUGCCAUCGGUUCCGAACUGUACGAAGAGGCGUUUGCUAUUUUCAAGAAGUUCGAAGUAAACACAUCGGCCAUUCAGGUGCUUAUUGAGCACAUCAAGAACUUGGACAGGGCCUACGAAUUUGCCGAACGUUGCAAUGAACCGGCCGUUUGGAGUCAACUGGCCAAAGCACAGCUGAACGAAAAUUUGGUCAAAGAAGCCAUCGAUUCAUUUAUUAAAGCCGGCGACCCGACAGCCUAUAUGGACGUUGUGGCCACUGCUCACCGUACGAACAGUUGGGAGGAUUUGGUUCGUUAUCUGCAAAUGGCACGCAAGAAGGCUCGCGAAGCCUACAUUGAAUCCGAAUUGAUUUAUGCUUACGCAAAGACUAACCGAUACGCCGAUCUCGAAGAGUUUAUUUCGGGUCCAAAUCAUGCGGACAUCUCUAAGAUUGGUGACCGAUGUUUCGAUAACGGUCUCUACGAACCGGCCCGUAUUCUCUACAAUAAUGUUGCAAACUAUGGACGAUUAGCCAUAACUUUGGUUCACCUAAAAGAAUUCCAGGGCGCCGUCGACUCGGCCCGAAAGGCCAACUCUACCCGUACCUGGAAAGAGGUUUGCUUUGCCUGUGUCGACAAUGAAGAGUUUCGUUUGGCGCAAAUGUGUGGUCUGCAUAUUGUCGUUCACGCCGACGAACUCGAAGACCUUAUCAACUACUAUCAGGGACGGGGCUAUUUCGAGGAACUGAUUAGUCUAUUGGAAGCAGCACUGGGUCUAGAACGUGCACAUAUGGGUAUGUUCACCGAACUGGCCAUUCUCUACUCGAAAUACAAGCCAUCAAAGAUGAAGGAACACUUGGAACUGUUCUGGAGUCGUGUAAACAUUCCGAAAGUAUUGCGAGCGGCAGAAAGUGCACAUCUGUGGUCAGAAUUGGUGUUCUUGUACGACAAAUACGAAGAGUUCGAUAACGCCAUCAUAACAAUGAUGAAUCAUCCGACCGAAGCCUGGCGUGAGGGACACUUCAAGGACAUGAUUACCAAAGUGGCUAAUGUUGAGCUAUACUAUCGGGCCAUUCAGUUUUAUUUGGACCACAAACCAAUGCUGUUGAACGACUUGUUGCUGGUGUUGGCGCCCCGUAUGGAUCAUACACGAGCUGUCAAUUUCUUUGCUAAAGUAAGUUUGACAAAUCACUUACCACUGGUAAAAGCCUAUCUGCGCUCAGUUCAGAGCCUCAACAAUAAGGCCAUCAAUGAGGCGCUCAACGAUUUACUAAUUGAAGAGGAAGACUAUCAGGGUUUGAGAACAUCAAUAGAUGCGUUCGACAACUUCGAUACCAUAGCACUGGCCCAACGGCUGGAGAAGCACGAGCUGAUUGAAUUCAGAAGAAUAGCCGCCUAUCUGUACAAAGGCAACAACCGAUGGAAACAGUCGGUCGAAUUGUGCAAAAAGGACGGCCUAUAUAAGGAUGCCAUGGAAUACUCGGCCGAAUCGAAACAGGCAGACGUUGCCGAAGAUCUUCUCUUAUGGUUUUUGGAGCGCAAAAAUUUUACAUGUUUUUCAGCGGUAUUGUUCCAGUGCUACGAUCUGAUCCAUGCCGAUGUCGUACUGGAGUUGGCCUGGCGUCACAAUAUCAUGCAGUAUGCAAUGCCCUAUUUUAUACAGAUUACACGCGAGUACAUCACCAAAGUGGAUGAGCUCAAGGAACUGGUCGACACCAAACUGGAAGAGGCGACAAGCAAUGAACAGAGUUCGCUGGUUUACGCACCCGAACCGCAACUUAUGUUGACAGCGCCGGCCGGUAUGAUUGGCGCCGCACCCGUGGGUGGCUAUCCAGUUGGCGGUGUCGGAUCAGUAGGACCAAUGGGACCGGGAGGAGCCCCACCCACACAGUUUUACCAGGGAUAUGGAAUGUAGACAUAAAUAUUAAUUAAAAAACAGCACUUUAAUUAUUUACUAUUAAAUUAAGUUAUAAAUUAUAUAUAAUUCGAUUGAUAAAAGAAAACUGAUUGUGUUUUUAAUUCAUUUUUAUAAUAAUUAUUUUUGUUUCCC